GCGUUUUUGCGUACGCGUGUGUUUGAGAGCAUGUGUAUGUGUAUGUCUUUGUGUCUUCCACGAUUACCUCAGUCAUCCCCUACGAAGGGGAAUGAGUCAUCACAUCGCACGGCGGGUGUUGGUGGACAUCCUCAGCUGUUGCACUCACCGACAGACGUUCAAUCUCAGAAAUGGAAUUCUUCAAAAAUAGUGUUUGCGCUCACAUCACAUGACUGAAAUAGACGUAUAUCUGUUUGUCUAGACAUGCUUAUCUAUCAUAUACAUAGAGAUAAAUGUACAUAUAUCUGUUAGAUGAACGGAUAUGAAUUUAUUUCUGUGUAUACGCAUAUUUGUAUAAAGAAGAUUCACUGGGUCGGACCUCGCACAAUGCUAACAAAUCGGAUGAUAAUCAGUCACAUAGAUCCGUACGGUGUCGCAAACUUAUCAGCUGACUGAAAUGGGCUGCUAAGGAUAACGUAUCCAGACUUUCUCCUCUAAAGAGAAUGUUUGAAAAGAAAAAAAAAGAGCUGAUCACAUCCUGAUGUUGUCCAAGUCUUUCCUUCGAGAUUCUGAUUCAGGCGAGAAAGACACACACGUCGCCUUUCCUCACUCAGUUCUUGUCUUUUCUUCUUGAUUUCGAAUUAUUUUCGGCUAAUAAAAUUCCAAAUGAGACUCGAUUUUGCCGGCUAUGACAUCCACAGACACGACAUUCACCAUAGUCGAUUAAUAAAUCCACAGAAAUAAGAGAAGCAAAUGGAAGGAAUUGACACAACAGCUUCAAGCCUCCACUGCCUUCAAAAUGGCGGACGCCUUACUGGUGACGUCACGUGAAAACUAUCUACAUAUAAUCACAUCCAUUUAACAUGUAGCACAUAUAUCUCAACAAACAGAUUUCCGUGUACAAAAAUCUUUUACGUUCUACAGGUGCGAAAGUUUAGGGCUAUUCAACGGAGCUCCGAACCAUUUGUCCAGUCGAACGUUCACUUGAUGGUGUAGUCACGUGACCGGUGCCUCGGUGCCCCAUUGGGAGUAAGGAUUUUGGGAAGAACACACGCAUCACGCAAAGCUGGUUUGAAAUUAGACCAUGGACAUCAACGAAACAAUCGGAGUUAUUUGCAUCACUACCAUCUGUACAAUGAAAAUAAUGAGGAAUCACAGAAUACAGUUUUCCAUAAAGCAUGGUCAUAUCCUUAUAGAUUUACCGACUAGUACGAUUAUUAAAGAAAUUGCCAUGGAUAUCAACGAAACAAACGUAGUUAUUUUUUGCAUCACUAUCGCCUGUAUUGUGGCAUUGUCGUGCAAUCGCAGAAUACAGUUUACCGUAAUGCAUGACCGUAUCCUUAUUGACAUUCGGCCUGGUAUGAAUAUCGCAGAAAGGAGCAUGGACAUUAAGGAAACAAUCGUUGUUAUGACUUGCGUCGCCAUCGCUAUGUUGACGAAUCACGGAAUACAGUUUACCGUAAUACCCGAUCCUAUGCUUAUUGAUUUACCGACUGACACGACUAUUAGAGAAAGGCCCUUGGAUAUCAACGAAAUAAUCGUCCUUAUUAUCUGCAUCGGCAUCACCUGCAUUGUGGCAAUGUUGAGCAAUCACGGAAUGCAGUUUACCGUAAAGCAUGAUCGUAUCCUUAUUGACAUUCAGCCUGGUAUGGAUAUCGCAGAAAGGAGCAUGGAUAUUAACGAAACAAUCGUUAUUACCUGCAACGCUAUCAUCUCUUUGGUGACAAUGUUGGCGAAUCACGGAAUGCAGUUAUCCGUAAUCACCGAUCGUAUCCUUACUGAUUUACCGAAUAUCGCAGAAAGGACCAUGAACACCAACGGAGCAAUUGUAGUUAUUUGCAUCACUAUCGCCUGUAUUGUGGCACUGUUGUGCAAUCGCAGAAUAAAGAUAACCGUAAUGUAUGACCGUAUCCUUAUUGAUGUUCGGCCAAGGAUGAAUAUCGCAGAAAGGACCAUGAACACCAACGGAACAACUGUUGUAGUCAUUAUUUGCAUCGCCAUCACCUGCAUUGUGGCAAUGUUGACGAAUCACGGAAUGCAGUUAUCCGUAAUGCCCGAUCGUAUCCUUACUGAUUUACCGACGGCUAAGAUUACGGCAGCAAGUACCCUCAACAUGAUGGAAAUAAUCGUACUUGUCACUUGCAUCGCCAUCACCUUCAUUGUGGCAAUGUUGAGGAAUCACGGAAUAGAGUAUGCCGUGCAGCGUGAUCGUGUCAUUAUUGAUUUCAUUCCCCGUGAAGAAAUUCCAGAGAUAUAAUUACAUAAUUUGCCACUCGAACGGCAUUAUCAGUGGCUUAACUUCCUGGCUUACGGAUCUGCCGCACGUUUUUCCCGAUUUUCGAAAAUAAAAAUAGUUGAGAAAUCGACUUCUCAUCCCGCCGCACCUCAUCCGAUACGAUUUGAUUGCGAUGUUCUGUUUUUCUUGUCUGUUAUACCUACGGAAACCACAGUCGAUGGCAUUUGCCGUCGAGCACAACAUGUCACCGU